AUGGCAUCCAGCUUCGCUUCCAAGCGGCUAGCCAAAGAGCUUUCCAAGGUCCGUCGCAUCCAGCCCACUUGCUACUGCGUUGCCUCACGAUCGACUGUCGUGCUGCACACGCUCGCUGUGUCGCAACAAUCUCUGACAUUUCAUGUGCAGCUGAACACCGGCCUACCCCCCGGUAUCGAUCUCAUUUCGGCCGACAACUUUGAAGAAUGGUUCAUGGACAUACGGGUUCUAGACGAAAACCCGCUCUAUAAGGAUGAGGUCUACAGGCUCAAGUUCAAGUUCUCCCAACAAUACCCUAUAGAGGUCACAUUCGUCAAAACGACCGAGCGGCCGAUUCCCAUGCACCCCCACAUCUAUUCGAAUGGAAUUAUUUGCCUCGACUUGCUCGGCAGCCAAGGCUGGAGUCCCGUGCAGAACGUAGAGAGCGUAUGCAUGAGCAUACAGAGCAUGUUGACUGGCAACGAGAAGAACGAACGACCGGCGGGAGAUGACGAGUUCGUUCGGAGCAACAGGCUGCGACCGAGAGAUAUCGACUUCUACUAUCACGAUAACACCGUCUGA